CGUCACUGUUUCAGAAUGAAUCAUUUGUUCGUUGCCGUUUUCGCCAUCGUGGCGAUAAGUUGCGUUAAGGGAGGGUUUCUGUAUGGGGGCGGAGGUGGAGGCGGAGGCGGCGGCGGCGGCGGUCAUGGGGGUGGCAGCGUGGCCACUUCAAGUGUUUACACCGCUCGCACCAUCCACACCGGAUCUCUAGGCCACGGAGGCGGUUUUUCUAGCGGAGGUGGUUUCUCAAGUGGCGGCGGUGGCGGUUCUGGCGGCAGCGGAGGACGAGGAGGACACUCUGGAGGAUUCUUCGCCAGUGGCGGCGGCAGCGGCGGAGGCGGAAGUGGCGGAUUCAGUUCCGGCAAUUUUGGAGGUUUUGGUUACGGACAUGGUUUUCACGGCUGAAUACGCUUCAAAUUUUUGUAAUUAGGUUAAGGUAGUUCACUGCGUACAUCUUAGAUUUAAGUACUGUAAGCUUGACAUAUCAUUAGUAAUAAAAUCUGUAGUUUAUUAGA